ACUUCAUUGUUGUCUUAUUUUAAGAAAUUGCCAUAGCCAUUCCCAACAUUCAGAAACUACCAUUCUGAUCAGUCAGCAACCUGACCCUGAUCAGUCAGCACCUAUCAACAUUGAGGCAAGACCUUCCACAAGCAAAAUGACUGUGAAUCUAGUGGGCAUGGUGAUGUGGGCCUGUAGUCCCAGCUCCUCAGGAGGCUGAAGCAGGAGGACUGCUUGACCCCGGGAGUUUGAGGCUGUAGUGUAGUAUGAUCACAUCUGUGAAUAGCCACUGUACUCAAUCCUGGAGAACACAGCAAGACUCCAUCUCUUAAAAAAAUAGAAAUAAAAAUAAAAAUAAAUUUAAAACUUGCAACUUGCAAAGGCUUAGAUGAUCAUUAGCAACUUUUUGGCAACAGAGCACUUUUUAGUUAAGGUAUGUGCAUUGCUUUUGCAGACAUAAUAUUAUUGCACACUUAAUAGACCACAGUAUAGUGUAAACAUAACUUGCAUAUGUUUUGGGAAACCAAAAAAUUUGUGUGACUCACUUUACUGCGAUAUUUACUUUAUGUGGUGGUCUGGAACAGAACCCAAAAUAUCUCUGAAGUAUGUGUGUAUUAUUAACUCAGUAAAGUAAUUUUAAGUGUCUUGUGCUGGCACCCCUCUAAGCAUUUUUAUAAACCUUACGCCAGUUCCAUGUGGUAGGUUCUACUUUCACAGAUAAGGAGACUGAGGCAUAACAGAAGUUAAGCAAUUUGCCCAAAGUUGCACAACUAGAAAGUUGAGAUGUUUGACUUUGCAUCCAGGCAAAGUCUCAUGCUUAAUCCCUGUACUAUAUAAUCUCUGUGGCCUCUUUGAGCUCUGAAUCCUAUGGCUCUUCCAUGAACUUUGAUGUUUUAUAUUCAGCAAUAUGUAAAAAGACUGUUCUAACAUCAAGCACUAAGGAUGCUGUUCCUCGUUUCUUUUUUGCCUUAUUACAGGACAGCAUUCUUUUUCAUCACUUACAUUUCUGCCUUUGAAUCACGGAUCCUUCAUCUCCCAAGGCCUUAGAGUUAGAAGACAGAUUUCUACUUCUUUUCAAUUAAAAAAAAAGAAAAAAAUUUAUUCUGUUUUUCUUCAGUGUCCUGGGUCAUUUAAUAAAGUGAAUGAAAAAUUUUCUCAUUUCUAAUUUUAUUAACAAUAAAUUAUUCCUAUUGCCAGGGUUCACCUGAAAUCCCCAAAUCAACUAGUUAAAAUAGAGGCACAUCUGAGAACCUCUAGAUUAAUAGAAGAAAGAUAAAGAGUACAGAGCAUAAGUAUCUUACUCUUUUGUAAAAACUGAGGCGUAUAUACAGCUUGCUCUUUCAUCUGGAUUAUGCUAUACGGUUUGUCCUCAACAAGAAAAGUAUACUGUGGGCCAGGCCUGGCAGCUCAUUCCUGUAAUCCCAGCACUUUGGGAGGCCUAGGCGGGAGGAUUGCAUAACACCAGGAGUUCGAGACAAGCCUGGGCAACAUAGUGUGACCUCUUCUCCACCAUCACCACCACCAACAACAACAAAAAAAAUUAAAAAUUAAAACUUAGCCCAGAGUGGUGUUGCACGCCUGUAGUUUCAGCUACUUGGGAGGCUGAGAUGGGAGGAUUGCUUGAGCCCAGGAGUGCUGAGGCUUCAGUGAGCUAUGAUUAGCCACUGCACUGCACCCCCAGCCUGGGCGACAGGGCCGAGACCCUGCCUCAAAAAAAAAAAAAAAUGCCUCAAUGGUGUAAAUUAUUUUACAUAAAAUGUCUCUGUAUAGUCCUAUAUAGACCGAGGAGGAAAACCAAUGAGAUAUAAAGUUUUCAUAAUGUUAAAUAAUGUACAAUUUCAAAUAAUCCUGUAUAUUACUAUACAGUAGAAAGAAUAUGGUUACAAAAAACAUUUCCAUGAGGGCUGUGAUUGAGUUCCGUGUUCCCGUAAAAACACUUAGAGAAGCCUAACUGAAGAUUUCUAGAACCGACUGACAACUGAUUUCAGUUGUAAACACACAGUAAGCCAGCCUAGUUAGGCAGACAUUCAUUGCACGCCAAGGAGACACCAACGGGACUGUGUGCUCUAGCGUUAUGAAUCCCACGAAAAUAAAUCUUGUGCUCCGUGUAACAAGACUUUAACUUGCAGUAAUAUCCUCUCAUCAUUUAAUAUUUAUUGAGCGCCUACCAUACACCAGGCUCAGAUACUGCACUGAACACCGACCCUGUCCCAUGAAGCCUUACACUGAUGGGAGACACCUUUGCAUGUUCCACAGCCCAAUUAUCAAAAAAAAAAAAAAAAAAGAUAAUCACGUAACCGAAACCUGGAAAUCUGCCUUGGGCACACAAAAGAGCAGGCGCGACCUCGGACCAGCUCCGAGGCAAAAUUCACUCAGCGCGGGACAGCGACAGAGAAUCCGGCCGCACCUGUGCCUGCAGUCUCAUUGCUCGGAACGGCGCGCCACUGUGACGUGUCAGGCUCCGCCCCUGACUCUCUUCAUAGUGCCCCCGCCUGCUUGCGCGAAGUGCGCAGGCUCCUGGGCAGGGCUCGGGUUCUGCCCGGGGAAGCAGCCCAGUUGGUAGCGUCGCUCCCUGAGCGCUUCUAAGGGGGCCGCCCGGCCUUGUCUUUCGGCAGUGGCCGAGCCACCGCUGCCUGCCGCGCGUUCCAGAGCUGGGCGCUGCAGCUGCACUGCCGAUCGCCGUGUUUGGUCGAUAGAAUCCCCAGUGUGCCCAGAGAGUGCGACCCCUCGCCCGGCCCGGCGAGCCCCGGGCGUGAACCGAGCUGAGGGAGGAUGGCAGCCUCUGGGGUGGAGAAGAGCAGCAAGAAGAAGACCGAGAAGAAACUUGCUGCUCGGGAAGAAGCUAAAUUGUUGGCGGGUUUCAUGGGCGUCAUGAAUAACAUGCGGAAACAGAAAACGCUGUGUGACGUGAUCCUCAUGGUCCAGGAAAGAAAGAUACCUGCUCAUCGUGUUGUUCUUGCUGCAGCCAGUCAUUUUUUUAACUUAAUGUUCACAACUAACAUGCUUGAAUCAAAGUCCUUUGAAGUAGAACUCAAAGAUGCUGAACCUGAUAUUAUUGAACAACUGGUGGAAUUUGCUUAUACUGCUAGAAUUUCCGUGAAUAGCAACAAUGUUCAGUCUUUGUUGGAUGCAGCAAACCAAUAUCAGAUUGAACCUGUGAAGAAAAUGUGUGUUGAUUUUUUGAAAGAACAAGUUGAUGCUUCAAAUUGUCUUGGUAUAAGUGUGCUAGCGGAGUGUCUAGAUUGUCCUGAAUUGAAAGCAACUGCAGAUGACUUUAUUCAUCAGCAUUUUACUGAAGUUUACAAAACUGAUGAAUUUCUUCAACUUGAUGUCAAGCGAGUAACACAUCUUCUCAACCAGGACACUCUGACUGUGCGAGCAGAGGAUCAGGUUUAUGAUGCUGCAGUCAGGUGGUUGAAAUACGAUGAACCUAAUCGCCAGCCAUUUAUGGUUGAUAUCCUUGCUAAAGUCAGGUUUCCUCUUAUAUCAAAGAAUUUCUUAAGUAAAACGGUACAAGCUGAACCACUUAUUCAAGACAAUCCUGAAUGCCUUAAGAUGGUGAUAAGUGGAAUGAGGUACCAUCUACUGUCUCCAGAGGACCGAGAAGAACUUGUAGAUGGCACAAGACCUAGAAGAAAGAAACAUGACUACCGCAUAGCCCUAUUUGGAGGCUCUCAACCACAGUCUUGUAGAUAUUUUAACCCAAAGGAUUAUAGCUGGACAGACAUCCGCUGCCCCUUUGAAAAACGAAGAGAUGCAGCAUGCGUGUUUUGGGACAAUGUAGUGUACAUUUUGGGAGGCUCUCAGCUUUUCCCAAUAAAGCGAAUGGACUGCUAUAAUGUAGUGAAGGAUAGCUGGUAUUCGAAACUGGGUCCUCCGACACCUCGAGACAGCCUUGCUGCAUGUGCUGCAGAAGGCAAAAUUUAUACAUCUGGAGGUUCAGAAGUAGGAAACUCAGCUCUGUAUUUAUUUGAGUGCUAUGAUACGAGAACUGAAAGCUGGCACACAAAGCCCAGCAUGCUGACCCAGCGCUGCAGCCAUGGGAUGGUGGAAGCCAAUGGCCUAAUCUAUGUUUGUGGUGGAAGUUUAGGAAACAAUGUUUCUGGGAGAGUGCUUAAUUCCUGUGAAGUUUAUGAUCCUGCCACAGAAACAUGGACUGAGCUGUGUCCAAUGAUUGAAGCCAGGAAGAAUCAUGGGCUGGUAUUUGUAAAAGACAAGAUAUUUGCUGUGGGUGGUCAGAAUGGUUUAGGUGGUCUGGACAAUGUGGAAUAUUACGAUAUUAAGUUGAACGAAUGGAAGAUGGUCUCACCAAUGCCGUGGAAGGGUGUAACAGUGAAAUGUGCAGCAGUUGGCUCUAUAGUUUAUGUCUUGGCUGGUUUUCAGGGUGUUGGUCGAUUAGGACACAUUCUCGAAUAUAAUACCGAAACAGACAAAUGGGUUGCCAACUCCAAAGUUCGUGCUUUUCCAGUCACAAGUUGUUUAAUUUGUGUUGUCGAUACUUGUGGAGCAAAUGAAGAGACCCUUGAAACAUGAAAAAUGAGUGGACUUCAGACUCAUCAGAGACUCUAAAAUAUAGCCACCAGUGCUUUGUUCCAGGAGUUUGGUGACAAAGUUUUGGUUUGGUGUUUUGGUAAAGAAAGUUUCAAGUGAAAUGAGGUUCCUAUAAAAUAGAUGUUUCUUUUAUAUGGAUUUCCUUAAUUCAAAGAUCAUAUUUUAGCUGGCCACAAAACCAAGAACAUAUCUAGCAAGAAAACUUGAAAAAGUAUAAGCAUUUGUUAAAAAUAUGAAUUUCUUGAAUGAAUUUCACAUUUGUAACUAUGAUUUUGGCAGAAUGGAAGAUUGGCUUAUCAGUGAAGCGCAGUAUCUUAGCUCUAGAUUCUAUUUUCAUGCAUCACAGAAGUGCUAUGCAGUUAGGUCUGUUUGUGCUCAGUCAAGAACUAAGAAAUAGUAUGAAUUGUAAGUCAAGAUGGGCAACUCAGAUGGAGCAGCUUAGUCUCACGUAGUUUGCUUGUCUAUUUAUUUUAUUUAGUGCCAAAUGUAUUCCAUUUUAAAAGUAAGCCAGAGUGAGUCAAGGCAUAUACACUUUCUCACGAAACUUCCUAAACAGAUUUGGGGGUUUAAUAUGUCCAACUCCUCAUGAAAUAUAUUCAAUCCACUUAAAUAUAUUCCAUCUUUUUAACAUAAAAUGUAAAGCUUAGCACCCAUCAUUAAUUUAUGUCUCUGUUUUAUCCAGUGGUUAAAAAAGGAUUCUGCCUCUUUAGUCCUCACUGUUAAAUAAAAUCCAAUCAUAGUAAGUGAUUAACUAGCAAAAGGUAAAGCUAUUUAUAGCAAAUUUCUAGAUCAUUAGAAAAGCACUGGUAGUUGUACAAUAUCAGUGUUGACUUUGAACUUCUUUAACGAGAUCAUGAAUUCUUUUCCCUUAGCCAAAACAUGAAAUAUUUAACCUAGUUGUCUCUAAAAGUUUUGUAAUCAUGAGUUAGAUAUAUGUCAUCUCCUAUUCAUUGCUUUUAUGUGAUCAAUAAAUCUUUUACAAACCCAACUACUCAUUUCCUUCCUAGUAAUACUUUGCCUUUUUCACUGUGUAUGGAAUGAAACAUGUAAAGCUGUCACAAUCAAUGUUUUUAUCUGAUAAUAUUAAAUAUUUUUUAACUUAAAA